GGUCUUCAUUUGCACUUUUUCUGAAAAGAGAGUGUUAAGCAUGUUUACUCAUCAAACCCUUCAGGCUUACUGCCAUUAACUGGUAAGAUGACUCUUUUGUUAGCUUACCUAAAAUUUGACAAGUUAGAAACACCACACCCAUGUGAACACUGUUGGCAGGAACUCCCACUCGAAACCUGGGAUAGAAAAUCCUCUUUAUUCCACUAAAAGUUCUGUACAUGUCGGGAGACUAAAGACUGAGCUUCACAUACAGCACCAUACACACACUGUGUAUCUCAGCAGGAAAGGGGCCAGGAGUGGAGGGCAGGUAGUAUACUUGGAACUACAGAAACUUCCAGACCCAUUCUGUGUAUCAGGGAGACCACCCUCUGAUUUCCCACCCUCCAUCAUCAAGUCUACUAUGGGCCAGACCACCAGCAAACCCAAUUCUAACCUCUUCCAGAACUCCAGUGUAAUCUCCUCUUUUAAGCGCGGCUUAGCCAGCAGUCCCUCCGACGAUCAGAACAUGUCCCUUCGACCGAGCAUCUUCUCCACAUUGAGGAAGCCCCCGGUCUCCAAACCCAAUGAUUUCAUACCUCUCUUCAUUGACUGCAUCUCUGCCGCCUCAUCCAGAACUCAAGAAUACCUCCUCUUCAAAGACCCAGAGGACAAAUUCCACCCAAGUCCUGAGGUGCUCACUCAGGUCUUCCUGAUGACCUACAUCUCGCAGAGUGUCAGCCUCAAUUUGACAGACGCCUUCAACUGCACAGCCAUGACGCCUGAGCAGCGCAUCCUCCUGGGGGCUGAUUGGGUCUGGGCUGUGCUGGAGAAGCCCACCAAGAACCCUCGGAUCCAGAUUGCUGUGCAGGUCCUACACUUGUCAGACAUGGAGGACGUCGAGGUGAAUGGCAUCCCCCCGGAGGCCUUCAGCGAGACUGUCCAGAUUGCCCAGAAGGAGUCCAGCAACAAGACAAUGUACGAGAGGAUGGUGGACUUCUGUACAUCCAUUGGCAAGGACUGCUACGCCCUCUUCUUGUUCUUGGGGAGGAAAAGCGACAAGGAGAAUAUCUACGGCGUACUCAGCAACAACUUUGAGGCCGCCAUCGGGAAGUGCGACAAGAUUGACAGAGCUUUUAUUGAGAACUUCUUCAAAGGUUCAAGGUAUCUCCAUACACCUCAAGGAAUGAUGCAGGCCAUUGUCACUAAGAAAGAGGGAGACCCACUCACUGUCAUGAUUAAAUUCAGCUAAACCAAAGGGACUCAUAAUGUGUAAUGGUUUAUAACAUGAUACUGUAAUACAUUUUAUGUUGUAGAAAUGUGAAAGCCAUUGAUGUAUCUCUUUAAAAAACAACCUCCAGACCUACUAAGAUGUCGAGACUGGCAAAGUGCAAGGCCUUUAAUAUACAAUACUGGUUAUUUUCAAUCUAUCCUAGGUUUUACAUAGUGUUUAAAUUUACUGGAUAACUGGUUAUUGGAGAGCUAGGCUAAUGCAGUGUGAGACACUAACACAAUCGCAUUCUCAA